AUGAACAGUUUUGGGUACCGUCGGGAGCUGAGUAAGUAUGAGGAUGUGGAUGAGGAUGAACUACUGGCUUCUCUCAGCCCAGAGGAGCUAGCAGAGCUGGAGAUGGAGCUGGCAGACAUAGACCCUGAUGCCAACGUGCCCAUCGGCCUGAGACAAAGGGACCAGACGGAGAAGACACCCACUGGCACCUUCAGUAGAGAGUCGCUGUUGAAGUACUGGGAGAAGGAGACCAAGAGGAUACUGGAGGAUGAGAGAGGGGAAGCCAGCAGCCCCAAACAGGUCAGUGAUAAGGAGAGAGUCUUAACUCAGCUAGCUUGCUACUCUCAGAUCUAUAUGGAUAACCUUAAAUUCUGUUUGACCAAUUAAUAAGAUUAAUUAUUCAAUAAUGAUCACUUUCUGGUACAAUGGAGAACCAGUUAGGACAUUCACACAAAAUAAUGCAAAUCUUAUAUCCCGUUUAGGUCUAACUUUAGACAUAAUACAGUUAUAAGAGAACAUGACCAUGUGUCUGAGUCAGAUUAAUGAGAGAUGUACACCUUAUGUCUAAACAGGAAGAUGAUGAUGAUGCUGAAAAGAGUGAGGAAGAAUGCAUGACAGAAAGCAACAGCGAAGCAGAGGAGGAGAAGGAUGACGAGAACAAGAAAGAAAAUAAAGAUUAUCAAGAGGAAGAAGAAGAAGAGGAGGAGGAGGAGGAGGAGGAGGAGGAGGAGGAGGAAGCUGAAACAGAGGAUGAGGAGGAUGAAGAGGAGCCAGAAGAGGAGAGGCCUAAAGCAGCACACCCAAAGGAUUCUUGUCCUCCAUCACCACUGUCAGUCGUCAUCUCCUCCCCCAGCCUCCUGAGACCCCCAAGGGUGGAGCCUAUGAGACUAACCCCGCCCCCACCUCCGCUUGACACCAACGCCGACGGCAACCCAACAGUUGUCGACGAGGCCCUGGAAAGAGUCCUUAGUAACGACUCUGAGCUCAAAGAGGUCAACCUCAACAACAUCGAGGACAUCUCACAGGACAGUCUAAUCCAGUUCGCUGAGGCACUGCGCUCCAACACACACGUGCGUGUCUUUAGCCUUGCCAACACGCAUGCUGACGACCCUGUGGCGCUGGCCAUUGCCAAGACACUGCGAGAAAACACAUCCAUUGUCAGCCUGAACAUCGAGUCCAACUAUGUGACAGGGAAAGGGGUUCUGGCCAUGGUCCAGGCUCUGCCUAGCAACAGCACCCUGACCGAGCUACGCUUCCACAACCAGAGACACAUGUGUGGAGGACAGGUCAGUCAGUCAGUCUGGACUUGAUAUUCAAUCUUGAUGCUGCUGCAUAACACACAUUUUCAAUAGUAAAAUCUCUCUCCCUCUCUCUCUCUCUCUCUCCCUCUCCCUCGCUCCCUCCCUGUCAGGUGGAGAUGGAUAUGGUGAAGGUUCUGAGGGAGAACCACACCCUGAUCAAGCUGGGUUACCAGUUCCACCUACCAGGCCCCCGGAUGAGCAUGACAGGCAUCCUGACCCGUAACAUGGACCGUCAGAGACAGAAACGCCUGCAGGAGCAGAGACAGAACCAGCAGGCGGGGCCAGAGGGGGCCAUUAACCCCCGUACCACCGCUCUGUUGAAGGCCACACCGGGUUCUUCGCCCUACGGUUCCCCGCAGGUGUCACCUUGGCAAUCCCCCAAACUCCCCAAAAAACAGACCCCCCCUGCUCCUCCGCCGCCUCCCCCACCUCCUCCCCCACCUCCUCCCCCACCUCCUCCCCCGCCCUGUCAGCCCCCGGCAGAGAAGAAGCCGACUAGGAAGAUAGCGGAGGUGAUCAGGCUCCACGAGGAGGUUGUUAAGAAGCAGGGGAAAGGGAAGGGAAAGAAGGGGAAGAAAGGAUUGAGAGAGACCAACAGUAUCUUGAAGGAGCUGAAGAACGCUCUGCGGCCAGUGGCAGAGAAGAGAGAACAGGAGUACAGCAGGCCACCCACUCCACUGCGCUCUUCACACGACCAGCUCAUGAACUCCAUCCGCAACGCCAGUGUCCGCUCCCUCAGAAAGGUGAGAUUGUGUGUGUGUGCAUGUGUGUAUGCAUGCACAGCCAAUGAGAGUUAACAAGGGUUUAAGGGUUAAAGAUGGUCGGCUGGUGAGACACCACCUGUGAGAGUUCCCAGUCUCAUACGUCAUCAUUAGGGCCCAGAGUUAUUUUCUGGUCAGGUCACAUGGCUAGGAAAAACGAUUGGCCCUUACCAACAUGGAGGAUAUUCCAGCUGUUUCCUGGGCUGGCUAUUCCUGGACAGACACUGUAUGCUCCAAUGCUUCACCACCAGCCUAAUAGCACUGGAAACUAAUGAACAUGUUUCCAUCUGGAAAAGUGUCUCUUUCUGUGACAAAGCCAGCAGACUGAGACACUAUGUCAUCUUGUAAAAUGUCAAAGACAACUCAAAUAAAAUGGUUGAGAGGAAGAACCUGGUCUAAACGGUCUAAGAUGAAUAAGGUUCUGCUUUGAGGACCAUAGGUUGCAUUCUUACAGUCAAAGGGAACACAUACCUAAGAGGUCAGUCUGAUUUAGACAGGUGACAUCGCUAUUUGAGUCAUCUCCUGUGGUUGACAUGUUAUUUUCUGAUGGAAGCCGAUCAUAUGACACCUUUCCAUCGUCAAGCGCUGUGGUAUGUCUGAACACAGCCAAACGCAACACAAGCCUUGGUUGAAGUCCCUAACACAGGCAGAGAGAGAGAGAGAGAGAGAGAGAGAGAGAGAGAGAGAGAAAAAAAAGAAAGGAUAGAGAGAGUAGUCUAGUCUCUAAUGUUUCUGUGGGCCCAUUAAUGUGUGGUAACUGCUUGUUAUGUUGUUACUGUGGAAAAUCCUGGUUGCCCUCAGAAGGCUAGGGUCUAGAGGCUGUGAAUGCCUGCCACUUUACUAGAAUUAUAAAUAGGACUGUUGGACGGCUGCUAUGAUAAGGGAAAUAGGAAAUGCCUCACAACAAAGAGUAAAUGAGGAUGGUCGCUAACUAACUACAUGUUGGUGAUGCCCCUGAUUAGUCAAAGUGCAGAGUAACUUUUGUGAGAGUUGCGGGCAAAAAUGUUUGAUAUUGCUGCUGCAUUUCUGACAUUUUGCGUUUUGACGGGGGAAAACAUUUGUUGACAUGUGGCUUGAUUGAACCACUUCAUGCGGUAAAAGUGUGGUGAUUGGUUUAAAUUGUGAGCCCUCUUUUUGUAGUGAGGUGAUCUGACAGUUUUAUGCAGUAAUAUUGUGGUGAUUUGACUGUUAAUAGUGCGGUGAUUGAUCAAAAUUGUCCUUGCAUAAUUUGUAGGGUAUUGUUGAUUUUGCAAACAAUUUUGCAAUCGCAGAAUCACAAAAUCCCGGAAGGACUGGAUUACGGAAUAUAUUUGUUUUCCUGCUCACAUGUAUUUGUCUCUGAAAUAGCUCUAGCUUUCAUGGAAUAUUUUGUUUUCGAGGAACCUAGCAUAAGAAAUAUUCCUGUUUGAUUUAACAGAAAUCAUUGUUGUUUUUUAAUUGCAGGUGGAAGUUCCACAGAGGAAGUUUGUCUUUGUCCCUGAUGAAGAGACUAGCUGA